CAGCAGGGGGCAGGCGCUGCAGCUGCGGCGGGGAAAGAGGAAGAAGAAGAAGAAGAAGAGACUUCUCGGUCUUGUUUGUAUCGGUGCUCGCACGCAGCGUCUCUGCUGCGAAAAUGCGCAUCGAAAAAUGUUAUUUCUGCUCGGGACCAGUGUAUCCCGGGCAUGGAAUGAUGUUUGUAAGGAACGACUGCAAGUCGUUCAGAUUCUGCAGAUCAAAAUGCCACAAGAACUUCAAGAAGAAGCGUAACCCUAGAAAGACCAGAUGGACCAAAGCAUUCAGAAAGGCCUCAGGAAAGGAAUUGACCGUGGAUAACGCAUUGGAGUUUGAGAAACGAAGAAAUAUGCCUGUUAAAUAUAACAGAGCUAUUUGGGAUAAGACAGGUAAUGUAGAAAUCUAUUUCUUAUGUGUAGGUUUUCCUGUUUUGAUUCUUAAGCUGAGUAGUCAUAUUUCACUUACAUUUUUUACAGUGGAAGCAAUGAAGAGGGUGGAAGAAAUCAAACGGAAACGACAGGCACGAUUUAUCAUGAACAGAUUAAAGAAGGGCAAACUGUUGGAGAAGGAGGAGGCCAUCACCGAAGUGAAGAAAAAUAUUCACCUUAUCAGAGCACCACAUGCAGGAAAGGCCAAACAACUGGAAGCCAAGAUGGUGCAGAAGUUACAAGAAGACGUGGACAUGGCGGAUGAAGAUUUGUAAUCUUCAGAAAGACUCUCAUGACCAAGUUAACAUGUAUUAUAUUGUACUCCUGGUUGGAAUUAAAAUGUCCAAUUGGCUGAUGAUGGACUCUGUAAUCCUUUUGAGUUUUAAAAAGCUUAAGAGGACUGAACGCAUUGAUCUAACAAUUAUCUGCCCCUAAAGCAGCAGUAAUUAACCCACAUGCCUCCAAGUUUGUUUCUUUGUUUUUUCCUGUGUGGUAGUUUGUGCUUUAAAGAAUGUUCUCGAUCAUUUUGCAUAGUAAAGUGUAUUAGAGUAAUACAGAAAAGUUUAAAAAAGGUAACAAACAAAAAUGUAAUAAACAUCUUUUCAACUA